AUGAUGCCCAAUAGUGUCAUCAUCAUUUGCAGGGAUCCAUGGUGUCAUCAUCUCCAGGGAUCCACUUCAAACAUGUGCCACCACCUCCCAGGAUUUCAUUCAACCAUGUGCCACUACCUCCCAGUAUCCACUUCAACUAUGGUGUUAUCACCUGCCAGGAUCCACGAGAGCCAGUGCUGUCACCAUCCACUAGGAUCCACCAUAACCCUGGUGUCAUCAUCUCCUGUGAUCCAUGAGGUCCAGUGCUGUCACCAUCCACUAGUAUCCAUCAUAACCCUGGUGUCAUCAUCUCCCAGGAUCCAUGAGGUCCAGUGCUGUCACCAUCCACUAGUAUCCAUCAUAACCCUGGUGUCAUCAUCUCCCAGGAUCCAUGAGGUCCAGUGCUGUCACCACCCACUAGGAUCCACCAUAACCCUGGUGUCAUCAUCUCCCAGGAUCCAUGAGGUCCAGUGCUGUCACCAUCCACUAGGAUCCACCAUAACCCUGGUGUCAUCAUCUCCCAGGAUCCAUGAGGUCCAGUGCUUGUUGUCACCAUCUACUAAGAUCCACCAUAACCCUGGUGUCAUCAUCUCCUGUGAUCCAUGA